GUUCGACAGGUUCAGUAAAAAUGAAGGAAUCUGAUUUGUCACCAUGUGCAGAGAUUCGAGAGGGCUGGUAUGUUUAUUGCAGGUAGAAAGCCAAAGCUCAUUGGCUGGCGUGGAAGGGUGCAUCUCUGAAGCUGUAAAGGGAAGGAUUAAGCAAAGAAUUUAACCAGCGGACGCACUAAAACACGACAAGUUACCGGAAGAACCAGCGAGAGUGAGUUUCAUUUGUUUUGAAUUGCCUAUGAACUCUUUCUAAACGUAGUUGGAUUUAUCGGGAUUGGUUGUAUUCAGUCGCUAUUGGCUUUUUCUGGUUCUUAUUCAAAGUACACCCUUGCCUGAACUGAUCCAAUUAAGAAGGCCCUAGUGCAAUGCCCACAAGUGAUACGUGGGCUGGACAAUUUCCCAUGGAUUCCAUUGCCAGUGUCAGUAUUGUUGGAAGCUGCAACAAUGUAAUCAGCACUAACUCUGCUUUUAACGAUGAGUACUUGGAUUAUCUUUCAGCAGAAGAGAGGGAAUGUCUCAUGUUUCUUGAAGAAACUAUUGAUGCAUUAGAUAUUGAAGACAAUAAUGGGUUAUCUACUGCUGAAUUGGAGCAAACCAAACAUUCCACUAAAACGGAGAGUGUGCCAGAGAGACCUAUCCUGUCACACCCUGAAUUAGGACAUCGUCAAAGUCCAGAACCUGAUGGAAAAAUCCCAAGAGCAGUUUUACCAAACAACAAGAACAACAGCACUGAAUUCAUCUCCCCACAGACGGUGCAGGAAAAAUCUGGAGCAUAUAAAUUCCCACGGGCAGUUUCACCACACAGCAAUAAAAACUGUACUGAUUCCACAUCCCCACAGAUGGUGCGAGCUAAAACUGGAGCAAAUACUUUGCCUAAAUAUACCCAAAAACCUAAUGCUGAAAGCAAAAGCAUGAUAUCCAGUCAGAUAUCAGAAUCCAGCAGAACCCCCAUUCCUUCUGAAGAUACAAGGCGAAGAUCCAACAGUGCGAUAGUUCAGCGUGAAUUGGUGGAAUCUAUUGAGGAAAAGACCAAGUUAGGUCCUCCCACGGCUCCAAAACCCCGGAAACUGCCAUCCAAUAUCAUACUGAAAAGCUUCCAGAAGAAUGAUAAUCUUAUGGUACCUAAUAGAAACUCUCAGAAUAGCUUUAAAGUACCAAAAGUUGCUGCACAAAAUGAUGGAUAUAAUUUAUCUAGGGACAACAGCACUGAUGAGGAAGUAAAACAAGUAAGAAUGCAAGCUUUGAGUAAGUUAGGGUUGCUGUCAGAGCCAGAUGGCCAGAAAACCAAUUCAGCAAGUCCUCCAAGUCUAAAAACAGAGGGGACAUACAUUGGUCAGACAGUCACAGCAAGUAAUGAAGUUAAAAGGAACCAACCAGAAAUGUCAGCGAAAAACACCAACAGUCUGAAACGUCCAAUUAGAAUUGGACCUCCUCUGAACCAUUCAGCAGCCACUGCUGCUGACCUUGGCGUGAGUGGCACAGCAAGUAAAAUGACAAAUGUGACUGUGGGGAAUGCAAACAGAGUGCAGUGGCAGCUGGGUUCCACAAAAUCGAGCAGUUUAAAAAGGUUUACCACAGCCAGUGAAAACGCCCCUCCAACCGUUAGCAUAGGUUCAGCCCGAUCCAGCAUGCCAACCACCACGGUCCUUAACCCUGGCAUGAGCAAAACACUCCCUCUUGCAAGAAGACCAGCAAAUGCAAGCGAGGGAGAAGUGAAAAAUAUAAAUGCAGCACAGUGGCAGUUUGGCGCCACAAAGGCAAGUAGCUUAAAGAGGUUUGGCACAGCUAGUGAUCAUAAUCAGCCCACCUUGUAUUCUGAUGUUGCUCGAAAUACUUCGAUUGGUGCUGCCUCUGCUUUUGGUGUGAACACAAACAGUAGGCCCAGACCUGUGUCGAUUUGCUCAGAGAAGGAUUUGUCAGUCAAACAUGGAUCUACGUUAGAAGUUGUAUCAUCUGAUAAACCAGGAAGGAAGUCUUUUCCAAUUACAAUAAACCAUAUUUCGGCCAAAUUUCAGAAAUCUCCACCAAAGGCGCUUAAUGUGCAAGUUGCGCCACCAGGACCAACCAGCAAAGACCACAGAGAAGCACUGAGAAAACUUGGCCUUCUAAAAGAAUAGAAAUGAAUUUAAAAGGCUGCACAGGAUCUCAUGGACUUGAGAGAGUUCUAUCAACAUGCUGGAAACCAAUUUAUCUAAAACAGGCAAUAACUUACUGCCACAUAAAGCCAUAGAAUCAUUACAAUCUCUGGCAUGGGAAUGAAGCUGUAGAAUUAGAAUAUGGUUAAAGAGAGAAAUUUAAAAUGAGCUGUUUUAUUUUGUCUAUUUAAAUUAAUGUAACUACUGCAAUUUUGUCACUUUUUGAUAUAUAAAGCAUUUUUUUUUGCAUGUUCACCUUUGAUUCAUUUUGUGGGAUGUGACCUCUGAAUGCUUAGUACAAUGCAAGACAGCUUUCCAGUUUUUCAAUAGUAUGUGUCCAGGUUUGGACUGUUGUCCAAUUUGUUGGAACCAAUAACCAAGACUUGAUUAGAGAUUCUAUUAAUUUUCUUAAUGGGAACAGUCCUAUUAUUAAUGUCAAAAUACAAUGAAAGACUUCUGUGUUUUGCAGUAGAAAUGACUGUGUUUCAAAAUGCUCUCCUUUUAAAACAAUGACUUAUGUUGUAAUACUGUUCAGAGAAAUUUUAGUUUUUAUUGAAAGCAUAGUUUUAAUUAUGACAUUGUGUAAAUGUAUAAUUAAGUGCAUUCUGACUUUUUUGUAUGUGUGGAACUUUCUGUAUAGAUACUCUUUGUGUCUCAUUAGAAAAAAUAUUCCAACUCUGCCCUAUUUCUUUCCAGUAUCACUUCACAAUUUUUUAAUUCAUUCCAUAACAUACCAUUAGAUCUGUCUAAAAAUUGACUAAUUAUGAUUAUAUUAAUUGUCAUGUACAAAUGCUAAAUCUAAUAUGUAUUAAGACAUUAUUUCAGUUUGUAAUUUGUAAAUGAACUAGAAUUUACUUACCUGCCACAAGUCGUGAAUUUAAAACAUUAA